AUGGAGGGAUUUGGGCGUGGUGGCCGUGGAGCAGCACUGCUCCAGGCACUCAAAGAAAAAAACAGUAAUGAGCUUCAACAGCCUCCAGGACAGAGAAGUCUUGGCCGAGGCAUUUUCUCUUCAAUGUCCCCUUUGACCCCAGAUCAGACUGUGCCAACACCAUCUCUGGUUCCUGCUCAGCCAGCAAAACCUGCAGGACGCGGACUAGCUGCUAUGCAGGCAUUGCUUGAGGCUUCCAGAGCUAAAGAAUCCACCACCGCUUCUGCUAGAUAUCAAAGUAAUAUUGCAGGCUUAGGCAGAAGCCGUGGUCUUGCUUUUGUGGCUGCAGCAGCAGCAGCAAACGCUCCUUCUAAUAUAGACAUUAAGAGAGGGGCAUCAGGUGAUAUGACAUCUCCUGAAACUGACAGUGGCAGGUGCACAAUUUCUCCUCAUUCCUCACUGGAUAUCCACCCUGAAGAAAGUGAUGCACAAUCAGCUCUUAGGAAACAAUUUAAAGGACUGGAUAUUGAGCCUCAAACUCGUGGAAGGAAUGGAAAAGAUGGAAAACCGAUCAGCCUUUCUGCCAACUACAUAAAAAUCAUUUGCAAGAAUGAGAGUGUCUUCCAGUAUCAUGUAUCAUUUUCACCUGAAAUUGAUAGCAAAAGUAUGAGAUACAGAAUGUUGUAUGAACAUUGUGAUGUCACGGGAAAAACAAGAGCAUUCGAUGGAGCAAUUUUAUAUCUGCCUAUAAAGCUACCUAAUCCGGAGACAGUACUGACUUCAACUCGGUCAACUGAUGGGGAUAUUAUUACCAUAACCAUAAAAUUGGUAAAAGUACUUAAACCCGAGUCUUGUACUCCUUUGUACAAUAUUAUCUUUCGAAGGAUAAUGAGCAUUCUUCAAAUGAAACAAGUGGGGAGGUAUUACUACAACCCAAACUCACCAACUGCCAUUCCUCAGCACAAAUUGGAAAUCUGGCCAGGUUAUAUCACUGCCAUCAAGGAGCAUGAUGGUGGUCUUAUGCUGAUGGCUGAUGCUUCUCAUAAAGUUCUUCGGAAAGAAACCAUACUAGAUGUGAUGUAUUCUUUGUACAAAAAAGAUAUCAGUAGAUUUCAAGAUGAAAGCAUGAAGACAAUCAUUGGCUCUGUUGUCCUAACAAGGUACAAUAAUAAAACUUACAGAAUAGAUGACAUUUCAUGGGAGAUGACCCCAAAAGAUACAUUUCAAUCCAGUUCAGGAGAAAGUAUUAGUUUCAUAGACUACUACAGAAAACAAUAUGGGCGUGAAAUCCGAGACACUAAUCAACCAUUAUUACUUCAUAAACCAAAGAAAAAGAAAGUUCCUCCUGGGUGUGUUGCUCCCAAAAGUGAAUUGAUAUGUUUAAUUCCUGAGUUCUGUUAUAUGACAGGGCUGACAGAUGAUAUGAGAUCUGAUUUCAAAGUGAUGAAGGAUAUUGCUGCUCACACUCGGGUCACACCAAUGCAAAGACAAAUGACACUCAAAAAAUUUGUUGAGUCUAUUAAAUCUAGUGCAGACGCUAGGCAGCAACUCGAGGACUGGGGUCUCUACCUUGAGAAGAGCACAAUAAAUAUUGAAGGCCGGUGCUACAAUCCAGAAAAGAUCUUUAUGCAAGGGAAAGAAUUUCUGGCAACACCUGAAGCUGACUGGGGUCGAGAUCUAAACCGUGCUGCUGUGAUUACACCUGUGGCUCUAAGAAAUUGGGUUGUGCUCACCUGUAAACAAGAUGUUGGCAAGUCAAAAGACUUUAUUACAAUGAUGAUGAAAGUAACUGGACCAAUGGGUAUUGAUGUGAACAACCCCAGGACAAUUGAAAUAAGGGAUAAUAGAACGGAGACCCUCAUUCGCUUGUUACGAGAAACCAUUAACAGUAAGCUUCAACUUGUUGUGAUCAUCUUUCCAACAAGCCGGAAUGAUAAAUACAGUGCAGUGAAGAAACUGUGUUGUGUUGAAUGUCCCAUCCCAUCUCAGGUUAUCAUUGCCAGGACGAUUGCCCAGCAACAAAAACUACGGAGUGUGACACAGAAAAUAGCUCUGCAGAUUAACUGUAAAUUGGGUGGGGAUCUCUGGGCUGUAGAUAUUCCAAUGCGUAACCUAAUGGUUGUUGGUAUAGACGUGUAUCACGAUUCUUCAAAAGGUCAUAGGUCAAUUGGAGCUUUUGUAGCUAGCACUAACCACACUUUCACUCGGUGGUUCAGUCGAGUUUGUUUCCAGCAACCACAUCAAGAAUUGAUUGAUGGUCUUAAAGUCUGCCUUAUUAGUGCACUCACUAAAUACCAUGAGCUCAAUCAUGCUUUGCCACGUCAUAUUGUUGUGUUUCGAGAUGGAGUCUCUGAUAGUCAGUUGUCUGUAGUAUCCGGUUAUGAGGUUGAACAACUGUCUAAAUGUUUCUCCCAUUUUGGUGACAGCUACAGCCCUGUACUAACAGUAAUCAUUGUCCAGAAAAGAGUAAAUACCCGAAUAUUUGUCAACCAGCGAAGUGUAAUGGAAAAUCCACCUCCUGGUACAAUCGUUGAUCACUUUAUUACCAGAAAACAAAAGUAUGAUUUUUUCCUGGUGAGUCAGCAUGUGCGUCAGGGUACAGUCACCCCAACCCACUACAUUGUCGUCCAUGAUACAUCAGAUAUGCAGGUGAACCAUGUGCAACGUCUUACCUACAAAAUGACCCAUCUUUAUUAUAACUGGCCUGGAACGAUAAGAGUUCCUGCUCCUUGCCAGUAUGCUCACAAGCUGGCCUAUCUGGUUGGGCAGAGCAUUCACAAGGAACCAGCCCAAAAGUUGGGAGAUCGUCUCUAUUUCCUUUAA